GUUCAGAGACCCAAAAGUAAAGCUACGAAUCGAUGAAGAACUUCGUGUGUGGCCAGCUGAGCUUUCGUACGGCUAUGACUACGCAAGAAAUAGAUCGUGCAGAUGGGCAGCGUUCGUAAGCUGGUUUAACGUGAACUACACGAAGAAAAUUAGAAUACC